AUAAGUUUUAGUCAAUAAAACAUAUAACCUAAUGGAUAAAAUAAGAUACAUUAACCUAAGGUUUAAUUCUUCACCUCGCAAGUUAAUGGAAAACGUUAAGAAAUGGUAUCUGUUUGAGACGUAAGUUCUAGUCAUAAAACAUUAACCUAAUGGAUAAAAUAAGAUACAUUAACCUAAGCUUUAAUUCUACACCCCGCAAGUUGAUGGAAAACGUUAAGAAAUGGAAUCUGUUUGGAAAAUGAUUCCACUCACCCAUGGCCAUCGACAUCUUCUGAGCUUUGGACUUUUUGGUGGAGUGACAUUGCAUUGCAGGUCCAUGUGCCUUACCCUUGAGAUGGCACUGCUGCAUCCACCGUUUUUGGGUUUUGGUGGUUGCCGUUCCUUGUACGGUUGGAUUUGCCUUCCAGGAAGGAAGGAAUCCAGAAAGGUGGUCCUGGAUACUUAUGUCUUAGAAGACAAAUCAUGAUCUAAUGGGACAUGGACAUAUUUGUAGCUAUUGGGCAUCUUGAUAACAAGUCCAUGGUAUUUCUUUUCCUUUAGUUCAUGAUGCUCCCUCAUGUUAAUGCAUGCCUGGAGCUCUUCAUGUGUCCACAUGUUACCGGUCCUGGAGAAGUGUUCUACUACAAUGAUCAAUAAUCAACAAGAGACUAGAAU